AUGCCAGCCUUUUUGUCUGCCCCCCUGCUCCCUCCGCCCACUGUUUCCCCUUCGGGGAGAUCCCUCCCGGGGGGCUCGCCAGCCGGGAAGAUGAGCGCGGAGCCUCAGAACGGGCCCAAAGCCGGCUGCCUGGCCCUGAAUGGGGUCCCUCGGGACAGCCCCGCGGCCGUCUCGGGAGCCCCGGGCGGGCCGCAGACUCCGCUGGCCCCGGAGGAGGAGACCCAGGUCCGGCUGCUGCCCACGGUCCCCGAGGAGGAGACCCCAGGGGCCGAGGGCUCCCCGGUGCCCCGGACGGCGCUCUCUGCACGGCGCUUUGUGGUGCUCUCGGUCUUCAGCCUGUACUCGCUGGUCAACGCCUUCCAGUGGAUCCAGUACAGCAUCAUCAGCAACGUCUUCGAGGGCUUCUACGGCGUCUCCUCGCUGCACAUCGAUUGGCUGUCCAUGGUCUACAUGCUGGCCUACGUGCCCCUCAUCUUCCCGGCCACCUGGCUGCUGGACACCAGAGGCCUGCGGCUCACCGCCCUGCUGGGCUCGGGCCUCAACUGCCUGGGCGCCUGGGUCAAGUGCGGCAGCGUGCAGCAGCAUCUGUUCUGGGUCACCAUGCUGGGCCAGUCCCUGUGCUCCGUGGCCCAGGUCUUCAUCCUGGGCUUGCCCUCGCGCAUCGCCUCCGUGUGGUUUGGGCCCACAGAGGUGUCCACAGCCUGUGCCACAGCCGUGCUAGGCAAUCAGCUUGGCACUGCAGUUGGCUUUUUGCUACCACCAGUUUUAGUGCCCAACACACAGAAUAACACAGAUCUUUUGGCUUAUAAUAUCAGGACCAUGUUUUAUGGAACAUCAGGUGUCGCCACACUUUUAUUUAUUUUAACAGUAAUUGCAUUCAAAGAAAAACCUCACUAUCCACCAAGUCGGGCUCAAGCAGCAAUUCAAGACAGUCCCCCUGCAGAGUACUCCUAUAAGAAAUCAAUAAGUAACCUGUUUAAAAACAUGCCUUUUGUCCUUCUACUGAUCACUUAUGGUAUCAUGACUGGAGCAUUUUAUUCAGUCUCAACAUUAUUAAAUCAAAUGAUACUGACAUAUUUUGAGGGAGAAGAGGUGAAUGCUGGAAGGAUUGGGCUAACGCUGGUAGUGGCUGGAAUGGUGGGCUCCAUUCUCUGUGGCUUAUGGCUGGAUUAUACCAAAACGUACAAACAGACUACUCUGAUAGUUUACAUUUUGUCCUUUCUUGGAAUGGUUACAUUUACUUUCACGCUGGACAGUGGAUACAUUAUCAUCGUGUUUGUUACUGGAGGGGUGCUUGGUUUCUUCAUGACUGGUUACCUCCCCCUGGGCUUUGAAUUCGCUGUUGAAAUCACCUACCCUGAAUCUGAAGGCACUUCAUCGGGUCUUCUUAAUGCCGCUGCACAGAUAUUUGGAAUUUUGUUCACUCUGGCUCAAGGAAAGCUCACAUCAGACUAUGGUCCGAGGGCAGGAAACCUUUUCCUCUGCAUUUGGAUGUUUGUAGGCAUCAUUUUCACAGCGUUAAUCAAGUCUGAUCUGAGAAGACACAAUAUAAAUAUAGGAAUUACAAAUGGCGACAUUAAAGCUGUACCAGUCGAUAGCCCGACAGGUCAAGAAUCAAAAACUGUUAUGAUGUCUAAGCAGUCAGAAUCAGCAAUUUGAGGUGAAAGGAAAAGUUAAUAUCCUGUGAUAGUUGAGCUGUAAGGCUUGGUUCUGAGGUUGUGAGGAAUGACACUUGAAAAUUACUGUAUGACUCCUAAAUGCAAUCACUGUUUUACUUAAUUGUUCAUUUAAGCAAUAUUUUGCUUAAAGUACUUUUCCUUACAUCAUUUUAACACUACCAUUAUCUGAGUGCCCCAUUUUUAGUUGUAUACUGUCGAUCUGAAAGUAAGCUUCUUUGUAUCUAUUUUUCAAAAGUAAAUAUUUUUCUUUUUUGUGGAAAAUGGAAGCUUAGAUGGUUUUCUAAAAUGAUCUCGUGGAAGUCUAAUCCCAUUAAGUCACAUGAGAGGACAUGCAAUUUAUAUGUAAAAUACCCAGUAGGACCACGUGUACAAUGUAUUCCUAUUGGCUCCCUUUCCAGCUGUGGGAGCCCCUCCGGGAUACCCAGUAGGACCACGUGUACAAUGUAUUCCUAUUGGCUACCUUUCCAGCUGUGGGAGCCCCUCCGGUGUGAGUACAGUGUAGCAACGUGACACUUCCAUUCCACCAAAGGACAGUGCUGGGAUGAGACUCCAGCCAACUGCUAUGAUCUUCCCAGUUCUUAUAUUCUUGUUAUAAAGUGCUUUGUAACAGGUACUGUCACUGGCCAUAAAACCAGUCAGGGUACAGAUUGAACUCAUGACUUUGGUCUUAUGUUCUAGUUAAGCUCAGAAGCCAGACCCAGGCUCAUUAUCUUGACUUCUCCACUCUGCCUUCUUAUUUAUCAUAGUAAAAAUGGUAACACUAUAUUUUUUCACUCCAGUUUGAAAGAGAGUAGUUUUGUAUGCCUUGGCUUUUUUACUUGCUCUUUUUUUUUUUUUUUUUUCAAUAUGUAACUUUCUA